AUGUGGAGCAUAACACUACUUUUUAUAGCCUUUGCAAGUCUAGCGGCAUCAGCGAGAUUCCACGACGUGGAUCACGUUGAAAAUGUGAGAGCACUUGCAGAGCCACACCAAGGCCGUAUAGUAUCAGGAUGGGACGCCAGGCUCGGUCAGUUCCCGCACCAAGCCUCGCUGAGGAUCAUCGACCGUAGCUUUAGAACCUUGGGUUGCGGUGCAUCAGUUAUCCACGAGCAGUGGGUCUUAACUGCCGCGCAUUGCACGGCUAACUACCGUGAAAUAACUGUCCGCGCCGGUCUCAUCCGAACUGACGCAGUCGAAUACGCCGAAGCCACCUGGGAAUGGCACAACUACCCCACCUAUAAUUCGGAAAAUCCUGGUGCAGUUCAAUCCAAUGAUGUCGCCCUUAUUAAACUGACUACACCCGUUACUUUUACACCAAACUUGCAACCAGUGAAAAUCCAAUCUUCCGUCGAUGCGUUCAGGAAUUACGGCGAGCAGAAACUGGUAGCCAGCGGCUGGGGAAGAACCUGGACUGACGCCCCUACGACACCUGUCAUCCUCCAGUGGACAUACUUGCGAGGCGUAGAAGACAGCGAGUGCGCUCGGCUCUUCGGCGCCAGAAUAGUCAACUCUAACACAAUUUGUGCGCGCUGGUACAACAUCACCACGCAAUCGGUUUGCCAGGGUGACAGCGGUGGACCUCUCGUCGAAUACGACAGUGAAGGCGUCCCUACCCUAGUGGGAGUCACAUCCUUUGUCGCCGGAUCUAAGUCAGGCGGAUGUCACUCCGGACACCCUGGUGGUUUUGUACGUCCCGGACCAUUCCACUCGUGGUUCCAAGAAACUACCGGUAUCGACUUCCAGCGCGGAAAUGAUUCUACCCCUGAGCCCACCCCGGAACCGACCCCUGAACCGACCGCGCCUUCCACCCCACCACCGACACCGCAACCCACAACUGAACCCACUGCAGCCCCAACAACCGAACCCACCGUAGCACCCACAACCGAACCCACCUCACCACCUACCACAGAGCCCACCCCAAAACCGGAGCCUGAACCCGAAGAUGACGACGACGAUGACGAAAUGUCACAACUGCUCAAAAAGCUCCAAGUGAAGGUGCGCGUCGAAGUGAACAUGAAGAAAUACAAAAAGGUGGAUGGCAAAGUGAAGGAAGUCGAAGAGAUUAAAUACCUACCGAUAGAGUAA